ACAUCCCCACAACCUGCUUCAGAUCAUGCUUGUGUAUCUCUGCCUGAUCCUGUUCCCUGCUGCGGCCCUGGCUUCAUGCAGCUACGAGACUGCUCGGCUCGUUUACGACGCAGUUGAUAAAAAUAAGGACUUGAGUGCCACUCGAACGGAAUCUUAUGAAUUAGUGGAC